AUGAAUAUGGAUGUGUAUGUGAAAAGGAUUUUUUUUUUCCAAUGGUGGGGAAAGUUGCUACUUGUUGUUGUUGUUGAACUGGAAGUCAGGGAGUUUUCUGUAAAUUGAACCAUUUAGGAGACUGUUGCACUGGAAGACAAGCUUAAACUUGGCAGUCAUCACUGGCCAUAUAUUUCAUAUCAAGAGAUUCAACCUGUGGUCCCUGCUUUUCUAUGUGAACAAGUUAGAGAGAGAGAAAGACUUGAACUGAACUGGGGAGUUUACAUGGCAUCUGUUACUACUGUAAAUGAGAAGCUGGUGACAGGGUCAUGUGUAUUAGCUGUGUAUGGAGAUCGAAAACGAAGAACAACGAGAGUCAACUCAGUCCAUGGUAAAGGAGAAUUCGGAAGAAGAGGCUUCUUUUUAUCAGCUGCUUUUGCAUCAUCUCCAGCAGUUGCAUCUGAACUCAAUGAUUCUAAGAGUGCUCUUAUUCAGAAGUAUCUGAAGAAGUCCGAGGAAAAUAAAGCCAAAAAUGACAAAGAGAGACUGGAUGGUUAUUACAGACGCAAUUACAAGGAUUACUUUGAAUUCAUGGAAGGGGCAUUUGAGAAUAAAGAGCUCACUGAAGCAGAGCAGGGUAUUCUUGAUUGGCUCAAGGCUAACAGAUAACUUAGUUGGAAACAUUGUAUUUGAGUAAUUUCUCUGAAUCACAAGAACACUUGAGGCAUUUAUUUCUCUUCAUUUUUCAGAGGAGUCUUCCAUGUUGCUGCCUGCAUAGAUGUUUAGCCUCUCUAUCUUGUUGAUGUUCAGCAUCCUUAUGUUGUCAUUUUGAUGUAUCGUUUUGGCGUGUUAGGUGUUCAUUAGGACUCGCAUGUAUAUUUAGCUUGCUUAUCUUCCCUGCUCAGGUCAAAAUUGCCAAAUAUCAUAACAUUCAUAUGAUCAAAUAUUUAAAAUUGUGUA